AUGUCACAAUCGUCAUUCUCUGAAGAACAUACUACGCCAGGCGAUAAAAAAAAGCAGUUACGGAGGAGGCAUGGUUCAAGCGAUUCACCGACCGAAAAUGGCUCAAGGAGGAGCUCACGUUCUAGUACUAAAUCUAACUCCAAACCAAAGACACAGAGGAAGAAGUCGUUUGUCAAUUUUGCUCCAUUGAAUACACCUUUACAGAAUAGACUAGAAACUAUGGGGGUAAUCUGGCAUUGUCUCUCAAUUCCAUUUUUCGUCAGUCUUUUCUUAUUGGCAAUUUCAUUAGGUUGGAUCAUCUGGAUUUUUAUUAUUCUUCCUUACUUUAUUUGGUGGUAUUGGUUCGAUUUUCAUACGCCUACUAAUGGUAAAAUUGUCUACAGGGUUAAGGACUGGAUGAAAAAUAUCAUAAUCUGGGAAUGGUUCGUAAAUUAUUUUCCUAUUACUGUCCACAAAGCAUGUGAAUUGGAGCCAACUUUCACACAGAUGCUUGUUGAUGAUCAUGAAGGAAAUGAUGACGAAGAGGAUUUAAUUUCAGAGGAUUCCAGAACCCUUAUUGAUAAAUUAUUUAAAAGAUUAGGAUUGAGAAAGCGGUUGAAUGAUACAGAUUCACACAAUAUCCUGGAUACCACUUCGAGUGAUAAAAAAUCUGGAAAAUCUUUGAAAUAUAAAAAGGUAAGUACUGGGCCUAGGUAUAUUUUUGGAUACCACCCACAUGGAGUAAUUUCCAUGGGAGUCAUGGGUGCGUUUGCAACUAAUGUAAUUCGAAACGAACCAUUUCAACCACCUUUUAGAUUUUUGAAGCCAUUUUUUCAUGAUCCUUCUAAAUACACUAGAUUAUUACCAGGUGUUGGUAAUACCUUCCUUUUAACUUUAACUACACAAUUUACCUUGCCCUUUUACCGUGAUUAUUUAAUGGGCUUAGGAUUGACCAGUGCAUCUUACAAGAAUAUUAAAAGUCUUAUUAAUAACGGUGAUAACUCUGUUUGCCUUGUCGUUGGUGGUGCACAGGAGUCAUUGCUUAAUAACAUGGUCUCACCAAGAUCAAGAAUCGGAAUUGGAUAUAAGAAUGAUGAAUCAGAUCAAAGCGAAAAUGAUGAAACAGAGCCUAUCGUCAAGGAGUAUAAUCCGAAUGAAGUGCAACAUUACAGCAUGAAAAAGCAAUUAGUGAAAGAUAUAGAGGUAGAAAAGGAAUCAAGCGAAAGUGAGAGCAAUCUGGAUAACGAGAAAGGUGAGAAGAAUCUUGAAUCCCAGGAUAUAAGCGAAGAGCACCCAGGAAGUGAGACUGUUUAUAAUCAAUCCGAUAAUGAAAGGCCAAAUGAAAACUUUGAUGGACAUAAUGGGACGGAAGCUGAAAAAUCUGAUCAAGUCGAAGAAAGUAGCAGUCUGGAUAAAGAAUCUGCAGGACCUAGACAAAUUCAGUUGGUUUUGAAUAAACGGAAAGGUUUUGUUAAAUUGGCUAUUGAAUUAGGUAAUGUAAGUUUAGUGCCCACAUUCGGAUUUGGAGAAGCAGAUAUUUUCAGGAUAUCUAAUCCUAAACCGGGAUCUCUUGGAUCAAAAUUUCAAGAAUGGAUGAAAUCUACAUUUCAGUUUACAGUCCCAUUUUUCAGUGCUAGAGGAGUUUUCAUAUAUGAUUUUGGGUUCUUGCCAUUUAGAAACCCGAUUGACAUAUGCAUGGGCGAACCAAUUUACGUUCCUAGUGGACUAAUUGCUGAUUACAAAUUGAAGCACCCAGGUUUUGAUUCCGAUGACGAAGAAUCAGAACAAAAGGACACACGCGAGAAAGGUGAUAAAGAUGCUGGCAAAAAAGGAAAUGGAACGGAUUCUAAAAAGAAAAAUAAAAAGGAUUCCAAAAAAAGAGAAAAAAAAGUGAAGAUUCCCUCUGAAAUUCUCAAUCAUUACCAUAAGUUAUAUGUGGAUGGCUUAAAGAAAGUCUAUGAAGAAAACAAGAGUAAAUUCGGCUAUGAAGAUGUUGAAUUAAUUAUUAUUGAAUAA